CCGGGUGCAUGGGGCAGGCGAGCCCGCUGCCUGGCUGGCGUCGCAGGGAGCCCGGCGGCGAGCGCCCAGCCCGGCACCAUGAUGAAGUUUCGGUUCCGGAGGCAGGGGCACGACCCCCAGCGGGAGAAGCUCAAGCUGGAUCUCUUCGCCUUCAACAAGACUGUGGAACAUGGGUUCCCCAACCAGCCGAGCUCUCUGGCCUACGACCCCAAGCUGCGAAUUAUGGCUGUUGGCACCAAAUCAGGGGCUGUGAAAAUAUACGGUGCUCCAGGAGUGGAGUUCACUGGCUUACACAAGGAGACUGCCGCCGUCACACAGAUACACUUUUUGCCUGGACAGGGUCGGCUGCUGUCCUUGCUGGAUGACAACACCCUGCACCUGUGGGACAUCGACCAGAAGGAUGGCUACUCGCACUUGGAGGAGACCCACAGCUUCAUCCUCCCAGGCCGACCAGGGUUCGACAGCACUAACUCUCCUCCCAGCAUUACCCGGGUGACGGUGAUCUUGCUGAAAUCGGCCUGUGAUGUGGCCUGCCUGGGCACAGAAGGGGGUGGCGUGUACUUCCUGGAGCUCUCUGGCUUAACGCUGCUGGAAGAUAAAACCCUGUAUCAAGAGGAGAUUAUGCAGAGCGUGCCAGACGACUACCGCUGCGGGAAGGCCCUUGGGCCAGUGGAGUCGCUACAGGAACACCCUCAAGACUCCUCCAAGAUCCUGAUUGGCUAUAGCAGGGGGCUGGUGAUCGUGUGGGACCAAAGCACCAGAAACGUCCAUCACCUCUUCCUGGGCAAUCAGCAGCUGGAGAGCCUUGGGUGGGAGCGAAGUGGCAGGACGGUGGUGAGUUCGCACAGUGAUGGAGGUUACAUGGUGUGGUCCAUCAACAGUAGCUGCCAUAAGACUCUGCAGCCACUCAUGUCAACUAUUCCCUAUGGUCCGUUUCCCUGUAAAGCCAUCAACAAAAUCCUGUGGAGAACCUGUGACUCUGGAAAUCACUUCAUCAUCUUCAGCGGGGGCAUGCCCCGCGCCAGCUACGGGGACCGGCACUGCGUCAGCAUCCUGCAGGGCCAGAGCCUGGUCACCCUGGACUUCACGUCGCGCGUGAUCGACUUCUUCACCGUGCACCACACGGAGCCGGAGGAGGAGUUCGAUAACCCAAGUGCCCUGGUGGUCCUGGUGGAGGAAGAGCUGGUGGUUCUUGACCUACAGACACCCGGCUGGCCUACAGUUCCUGCCCCCUACCUGGCACCCCUCCAUUCCUCCGCCAUCACCUGCUCCUAUCACAUCUCCAACGUCCCCCUGAAGCUGUGGGAACGGAUCAUCAGCGCUGGAGAGCAGCAGAGUCCCCCGCAUUCUUCUGUGAACUGGCCGAUCAGUGGAGGGAAAAACUUAGCCCAGGAACCCACCCAGAGAGGCCUCCUUCUCACGGGGCACGAGGACGGCACGGUCCGCUUCUGGGAUGCCUCGGGGGUGUCGCUGCGGCCUCUGUACAAGCUGGGCACGGCCAACAUCUUCCAGACGGACUGCGAGCACAGCGACUGCCUCAACCAGGCCAGCGAGGAGGAGUGGCCUCCCUUCCGCAAGGUUGGCUGCUUUGAUCCGUACAGCGACGACCCCCGGCUGGGCAUCCAGAAGAUUGCGCUGUGUAAAUACACAGCCCGGAUGGUGGUGGCUGGGACUGCCGGGCAGGUGCUCGUCAUGGAGCUGAGUGACGAGAAGUCUAAUCACAUGAUCAGUGUGGCCAUGGUGGACCUGCUGCAGGACCGGGAGGGCUUCACCUGGAAGGGGCACGACCGGCUCACCACCAAGAAUGGCUCCAUCACCUUCAGACCAGGCUUCCAGCCCAGCGUGCUGGUGCAGUGCAUGCCACCGGCCGCCGUCACUGCCGUGACGCUGCACUCCGAGUGGAACCUAGUGGCCUUCGGCACCAGCCAUGGCUUUGGGCUCUUCGACUAUUACCGACGCAACCCAGUGCUGGCCCGGUGCACGCUCCACCCCAACGACUCCCUGGCCAUGGAGGGGCCCCUCUCCCGAGUGAAGUCGCUGAAGAAGUCCCUGCGCCAGUCAUUCCGCAGGAUCCGCAAAAGCCGAGUCUCUGGCAAGAAGAGAGUCGGUGCCAACAGCUCGUCCAGCAAGGUGCAGGAAGCUAAUGCCCAGCUGGCCGAGCAGGCCGGCCCCACCGACGUGGAGAUGACCCCCGUGCAGAGGCGGAUUGAACCCCGGUCAGCUGAUGACUCGCUCUCAGGGGUCGUGCGCUGCCUGUACUUUGCCGAUACCUUUCUCCGCGACGCUGCACACCACGGGCCCACCAUGUGGGCUGGAACCAACUCGGGCUCUGUGUUCGCCUACGCCCUGGAGGUCCCGUCCCAGGAGAAGUUCUCGGAGCGCUUGGUAGAAGCGGUGCUGGGCAAGGAGAUCCAGCUGAUGCACAGGGCACCGGUGGUGUCGAUCGCGGUCCUGGACGGGCGGGGGAACCCUCUCCCGGAGCCCUACGAGGUGUCCCGGGACCUGGCCAAAGCCCCUGACAUGCAGGGCAGCCAUUCUGUGCUCAUCGCCUCGGAGGAGCAGUUCAAGGUGUUCACGCUGCCAAAAGUCAGUGCCAAGACCAAAUUCAAGCUGACGGCCCACGAGGGCUGCCGGGUGCGGAAGGUGGCGCUGGUGAGCUUCACCAGCCUGGCGUGCGAGGACUACACGGAGAACUGCCUGGCCUGCCUCACCAACCUGGGCGACAUCCACAUCUUCACGGUGCCCGGCCUGCGGCCGCAGGUGCACUACAACUGCAUCCGUAAGGAGGACAUCAGCGGCGUCGCCUCCUGCGUCUUCACCAAGCACGGGCAAGGCUUCUACCUGAUCUCGCCUUCCGAGUUCGAGCGAUUCUCCCUGAGCGCCCGGAACAUCACAGAGCCGCUGUGCUCGCUGGAGCUCGUCCGGUUUCGGGGCACCACCUGUCGCAGCCCCAAUUUCACCAGGACACCGAAACUGACCCAGGCCAACGGGACUCACAUGCUGCAGGGCUCGGAGGCGAACGGCUCCCCUGGUGAUGGCACCCGGACGCCUGAGGAACCCCAGGCUGUCUUCUCCCCGGCGCCCACCGAUUCGCCGAGCAGCCCGGAGAGCUCCCUGGACACCACCGGGGACAUCACCGUGGAGGAAGUGAAAGAUUUCCUGGCCUCCUCGGAGGAAGCGGAGAGGAACCUGAGGAACGUGAGCGAGGAGGAGGCCCGCUCUCCGGGGAUCCUGAUUAAAUGAGGGACCGUGCCGGCCCGUCUCUGCGCCUGGAUUCCAUGGACACAAGACUUGACUGAGCCAGGCUGUCAGCUCCGCUUCUCCCCAGAGACCCUCCGCGUAACUUAGACUCGCCUCUUCUCUCUAACAUCCAGCCGGGAAGCUGGAGCGUGACGCCGCCGCCCCCCUGCUCUGCCCCGGUUCGAAGGUUCUCUCUCUCUCUGCCGAGCCGAGCCGCCUUCCGCCAGCGGGCCCAGUGCACUGCAACACUACAGCUCUGACCUUGUCCCCCUAAAGCAGAAUCCGGACCUGGGGCAGCGGGGUGGAAUCACUGCUUCCGCCUGGCCUAGACCGGGAGGGACUGCAUCGAGCUCCCGGGACCCAUUGCUGGGGCACAGCAUCGCACGGACACCUGGGGGGAGGGUUUUACACAGUUAUCGUCUCCGGUUUGGGUUGUUUUUUCCCCUCCCUGCCCCCCCUCUGCUGAGCUCCCAGAAGGACUCUGAUCUGGGAUGGGGCAGGGGGUGGCUGGGGGGGAUAGGGACAUUGCUUGGCCUGGGGGGGAGUGUUUACAUGUUUACUCCUCACUCCAGCCGCUCUUUGAAUACUUCUACUUUCCACGGAACCAGCUGGCCUGCUGCAGAUGGUAAGUCCGGGAGGGCUGGCUGGACUCGCCUUAACGCACAUCUGCCCUUUGGGGGCCCUCUCACUCAAUACUGGAUUGGCAGCUUUCCCCCCGCAAGGCUCGUGGGGAGUGAUCUCCAUUUGUCUCAAGGGGCAGGGAUCACCCUCUGGUGACCCACUGGCUCUCACUGUAAAGUGACAGGAGGACAGGGGAAGCUGGCGCGGGCGGAGGGCUGGUGCCAGCUCCUCCGUUGUGUAGUGGGGGGGUGAUGGCUGUGACAAUAGCACAAUUCCAGAGCGUCUCACUGGCACUGGAGGUGAAACAGCCACACUAGGGUCCAGCUCCUUUCUUAGCACCUUUCCCUCCUCCUGGGGGGCAGGAGAGCCAAGUUCCUGCUCUGGUUUAGCAGCCUUUAUUUUGGGGGCUGGUUGCCUCUAAGGGCCUUCAUCUUCCAUUUUCACAUCUGGCUCCGGCUGGGUUUUCUCACCCCCCACCCCCCAAGCUCUUGGAACACCUUGGGAUGAAGGAGACCAGGGCACAGCCAGUCAGCACCAGGCACAGCUCGCCCAAGAUGGGACCUUGCCAUGCUGAUCCAGGCAUGGGUGACCCAAGGCUUGCGCCUUCAGACAGGCGUGCCUAAGAGUUAGAUGCCAAAACAUCUCUUUUUUCCCCCCUCCCCCUCCAAGGUGCUGAGCAGCUGCCUCUUGGUGUCACCGGUUGUUGCAAGUGCUCUGGAACCCAGUCCCUGGCGAUUACACACUUGGUUUCCAGCACCUCUGUAUGAAAAUGGCCCCAGAUGUUUGUUUGCCUGCCUGUGCCAAGACCGUUUACGUGCAGGUGUGAAUUUACAGGCCGCUCGCAGCCUCAGCCAGGUGUGAGACAGGGCCUGAGUUCUGCUGGAGGAGGUCCCCUGCCUCUCCUUUCAGCCAGGCUUUGCAAGCAGACUGGGGCCCAGCCAGCUCCUGCUGCUUCAGGGCAAAGCAGCCUCUGAACUGGCUUUUAAUGUGGGCCACCCGACAGCCCCUGUCGGGGGGAGAGGGGAGCCUGGCCCGAGUUAGACUUUUAACCCCAUGUGGCAUUUGAAACUUCCCCGUCCACUGGGCUGAAAGGUGGCUGCGGGUCCGGGAAGUUCAUUCCCAGGCAGCGGAAAUGCAGGUGCCUGUUGAUCAAAAGGCUCGUUGCUGGCAGACCGGUCAGUUUCAGUGGGGAUAUUUUAAUCCAUUUCCUUUGGCAGACCGGUCAGUUUCAGUGGGGAUAUUUUAAUCCAUUUCCUUAGGAUCCUGUUUUUCCUUCAGCGCUGCGUGAGCUCUUUGCACAGGUGGGACGAGGCUUUUGGAUGGAGGGCGGGGAAUAUUGAAGAUGGUUUGUUUUGACUUGGUCAAACGUAAAAUUCGGGUGGGGGAGUGGGGCGAAGACAGCACUAAAGAAUGUAGCCUGAGCCGCUGUCGAGCGGUAGGUCCUGUUUCCAGCAGUAUCAGUUUCCUUGGUUGCUCUGAGCUGGCGUGUAGAGCAAAGCCCAGUGGCCGCUGGGGAUUCCUGACUCUAAACUGGAUUGGAAGGUGACUUCUGGGACCGAAGGAGCCAGCUGGCUUGGGCUCUCCUGGGCCCAAAUGUUCCAGCCUUCGGAACAUUAUGGCAAAGCCUCUCCCCCCGGGGCUGGGGAGGAAGCUGAAGUGAUCAAGCCUGGCCCGGCUUCCCUAGCAGUCUCUGGCUGCCAUCUCUCUGCUUUGAGCUUUCCAUUCUUGCCUGACCGGCGUUGUGCCUGGGGAACGUCACUUGCUCCGCUCUGUUCUUCCCACGGGGAGGGGGGGAAUCUCGCAGCCAGGUCAGCUCUCAUUCCUUCAGCCCAAGCUUUAGCCCUCUGAGUGUUCUCCCUCGUCUCAGGAGGCCCCUUCGCAGGGUGCGCACCCACUCCCAAGGCCGCUGGGCAGGCAUUGUUUCCUCUUCUCCCUCUGCCCCCCAUUGCAAGGACUGGGGGCCUGGAGCUGGAGGCCAGGGCAGGCCCAGGAUAGAGCAAGUGCCAUACCCCGUCGGUGCCUGAUCCAGGCUGCUUUCCUCUUUCCAAAGUGCCAAUGGGCCUGUUGGGCCCUGACUCCUGGAGGCCUGAAAGCCGGAGUUACAAGGGCUGGGAUGGGGGCAUCCGCCUGCAGUCCCCUCACCAGGCCUUUAUGGGUCAUCAGCCCCACCUCUUACCAGUGCGCGCAAACGGCCGGCCUGGGAAUGGCCCCUGGCUGCCUUGUCACAUGGCCCCUUGUGCCAAAACAGCUCUGGGCCGACCCCGGUUCUCUCUGUGGCUCUUUAAUCGGGAGGUGCCUGGCAGAGCAUGGCCCCGUGUCUGAGCCUGGUACUGGAGAUCGAAGGCUGUUACUCGGAAGCGUGUUGGGGGUGGGGUGGGGUGGGGGGCUCAGCGAGAGGCCGAUACUUUGAGUCUUUGAAGGAACUGGCUGAGCUGGGGCUGGGGCAGAGGAAGAAUCUGAACUGCACAAACCCUCUGGACCCCUCCCGGUUCUGUUUGCUAAUAGUAUUUUUCUACACCCAACCUUUGCUGCAGAACCGAUACUUUGUGUGGCUGUUUUGGUACUAGAUCUGUAGGGGGCAGGGGCAGGAGGGAGGGGAGAAAUGUAGUUGUCAUGGGGUCCCCUGCAGUCUAACCCAGCCCUGUGGGGUUCUAGUGGCCCUGGUAGAACGUUCCCUCCUCUCCCCCCGUGUCGUUGGUAAGAUGAAUUUAGCAUUGUCUAGUUAUGAAAUACUGGUUUUUAAUAUUGAAAAUAAAGCAUUUAAUAUCUCUUA